GCUAGCAUUUGUGAAACAGGAAAACCAUAUCGUGCCCAGUCCCUGCUAAAGUACAGCUAUUCUGUUUAGAAGUAGCUCCUGUCCUGAAGGUUAUAAAGUUGCUGCCUGCCUAUACUCUCUUCUCUACCCCUCCCCCAGCGGGUCUGGCUAGAUCCCGCAGUCUUCUACCCCAGGGCCCUGCUACUACAGGGUGGAGCCUCCUUGGAGCUGCCCAAGUAGAGCCUGAGCCACGUUUUCCAGGGCCCGGCUGCCUGCACACAGAAAAGUACGCAGAAAAGGACCUUGUGAGCCUUCAACCGUGCCGGUAUGAAUGAGCGUAUGAACACCACUGAAAUCUUCGAUGGCGUCCGCUUCCCAGGGUUCAUGCACACCCCGGAGUCCCUGCAGGCAGCUUGUACUUUCCAGUUCCAGGACACAGACAUCCUCUUGGUGACAUUCCCCAAGUCAGGUACCACAUGGAUGCAGCAAGUCCUGAGUCUCAUCUUCUGUGAGGGCCAUUUAUGGCCUAUCCACCACCUCCCCAAUUGGGCUCGCAUGCCUUGGAUGGAGCAAACCUCCUUCAGCAGUCUCCUCCCCCAGCUCAACACCUCCUGGCCUCGGCUGCUUACCUCCCACUUGUAUGCCAAGGUCCUGGCCCCGGCUCUGAUGAAGUCCAAGCCCAAGGUGGUGUACAUGGCACGGAACCCCAAGGAUGUGCUGGUUUCUUUCUACCACUUCCACCGAAUAGCCGGCUUCCUGCCCAACCCCAGCUCUUUUGAGGACUUUGUGGAUGAGUUUCUCGAGGGCACAGGCUUCUUUGGCUCCUGGUUUGACCAUGUGAAGGGGUGGCUGGGCCUCCAGAAAGACCUGGAUUUGCUUUUUGUCACCUAUGAGGAGCUGCACAAGGAACCUCGCUUCACCAUCCAGAAGCUAAGUGAGUUCCUGGGGCACCCUCUGGGACCAGAAGAGGAGGACGUCAUACUAGAGCACUGCAGCUUCUCCUUCAUGAGCCAGAGCAAUAUGGUCAACUACAGCCUUCUGUCCAAGGAGAUCAUAGACCACAGCCAGGGCAAGUUCCUGCGGAAAGGUGUUGUAGGGAACUGGAGGGAGCAUUUCACUCCUGACCUAAACAAGAAGUUCAAUGCUGUCUACGAGGCCAAGAUGGGUGACUCUGGCCUCUGCCUCCCCUGGACCAUGGACUGAUGCCUCCUGACCCAUUCAGCUUAUGGGACUGACCUCCCAACCUUGGCUGUGCUGUGCCCAUGGUUUAGCAAUAAAAGCCUAGCUUUCUA